AUGGAGGACACUGCUUCCACGUUGCCCUUAUUACCUCCAACGACCCCACGCCGGCCCUCAUUUUACUCCCAACGGACCUCGAAUCCCUUUGCAAUUCAAGAAUUACUUGGUCUUUCAGACACGCCGUCGAAUAAUUCUUCCUCAACGACGCCGGUGACGACGACGACUCCGCUUCAGAACAGUUUGUCCAUCGCAGCGAAAUUGUCCUAUCCACGAUUCAGUAUUAAAGACAGCUUAUCCGAGGUGUUGGACUCUUCAGGGUCGAAUUGGAUGACUCAGGCGGCGGCCAUGGCGGCGGCGGCGUAUCAUUUGGGGGGUCAUCAUGGGAUUCAUCAUCAUCAUGGGGAGUUUAAUGGUGGUGGGGGGAGUGGGGGGAGGGGCAAUCAAGAUAAUAAUAAUAGUGAUAGGAAUGGUGGUGGUGGAGGGAGUGGGGGUGCGAGUGAAAAUGGGGGAAGGAAUUCAACAGUCAAUGGAAUUUCAGGAAUGCAGCACGGAACGACCUACCCGCACCACCACCACCACCCAUCCCCAUACCAUCAAUAUAACGACUCCCCUCCAUUUAACUCCAGUAAUAAUAACUCAACAACGACGACGACCACCACACCCACGAGUAAUCAAACGGAAGAUUACCAUCCCCAUCACCAAUUUAAUACAAUAUUGCUCAACAAUCAUCAUCAUCCAUCAAAUCAUCAUCAUCAUCAUCCAGGAAGUCCACUUUUACUCGGUGGUGGUGGUGGUGGAGGUGGAGGGGGGAGCAGUGGGGGUGGGAAUAAGAAAAAGAAAAAGAAGCGCAGGCAUCGAACGAUUUUCACGUCCUUCCAAUUGGAAGAGUUGGAAAAGGCGUUCAAGGAUGCGCACUAUCCGGAUGUUUACGCCCGAGAAAUGCUCAGCUGCAAAACGGAUCUCCCCGAAGAUCGCAUUCAGGUCUGGUUCCAAAACCGUCGUGCGAAAUGGCGCAAAACGGAGAAAUGUUGGGGUCGGAGUACAAUAAUGGCCGAGUAUGGAUUGUACGGAGCCAUGGUCAGACACUCUCUUCCACUCCCAGAGACCAUCCUCAAAGCGUCGAAGGAAACGGAACAGGGGGGAUCAGUAGCUCCCUGGUUGUUGGGGAUGCACCGAAAAUCCAUCGAAGCCGCCGAGCAGUUAAAAUCCCCAUCGCAAUCCCCCCUCGGUGGAAGCAACAACGGUGCAGGAUCAUCCUGUUCCUCCAACGACUCUCAAAACCCCCCAUCCGACGAGGAAGACUCUCAACCCUUAAAACUAGAACGGCCCGACUUUUCCUCCCUCCACUUCCCCACGAGUAACAAUAACAACAGUUUAAUCCGACGACAUUCCUCGGUGGCGAGUCUGAGGGCGAAGGCGCAGCAGCACAUGUCCAGUUUAGGAAUCCCGAUGAGCGAGGAGGAUAUUAUUAAUAAUGAGCACAUUGAUAUUGUUGAUACUUGAAAAAGAGAGAGUGAGUGCAGCUGGAAAUUAAUUUUUAUAUUGUAUAUUUAAUUUAUGGUCAAUAAAAGGAGAGAGAAUCGUGAUGGUAAAGAGAGUUUC